AUGGCAGCGGAGCAGAAAGCAGAAUAUCCAUUGGCACCAGCCAACGGUUUUGCCCGAAGCGAUGAAGAGGCAAUCACAUCAGAGGCUGAAGAGCUUCGCCUCAAGAAACGCAAGCGUUUGACAUUUUUUAUUAUCUUCACAGUGUCACAAAUCGUUAUGGGAAUAGUGUUUGGUUUAACCAUAAUGAAAGUCAAAACUCCCAAGUUCAGGGUUAUGUCUGCAACGUUCGAGACCAUUAAUGUCACAAGCCCUUCAUUUAACAUGAAGAUGUAUGCAGAAAUUGGGGUCAAGAAUCCCAAUUUCGGCCCCUAUAAAUUCCACAACACCACUAUUGAUUUCUACUACGGAGAAACACUAUUUGGGAGUGCUGGUAUUCCUGAGUCGAAAGCUGGUCUGAAAACAACCAAGAAGUUCAAUGUUACUGUGGACCUUAUUGCACCGACUAGCCUAGCGAGCAAUUCACAAUUUGCAAAUGAAGUAAGCUUAGGGUUGUUGCCUCUGAGAAGCCAAUCUAAUCUGAGUGGAAAAGUGCAACUAAUGUUGAUAAUGAAGAAAAAGAGGUCUAUCCAAAUGAAUUGCACCACGAUUGUCAAUAUCAAAGCACAACAGCUUCAAGAUGUGCACUGCUAA